CCAGCAAUGUGUGGUCACUCUCGAUCUCUCCUCUCGUGUUACUACAAAUAUCAUAUAUGUAUGUAUGAUUGAGGAUCAUUAAAGAAGGAGCACACCUACUAGACUUCCACACACUCCCAGGUUGAGUGUCCCAGCUCUGUUCAUCUUGGGGUCCUCAUCAUCCUUACCGAACGACUUUUCUCUCUGUGGGCCUGUGGGGAUCGGACAUGAUAGUACGGAGAAAUUCUUAGGUGGGGGUUUCCCACCACGUGGCUUUAGGCUCUUCAAGUACGUGCAUAUAAUCAUUGCUGCUAGAUCUAUGGAACUCGAUCAACAUAGCAACAACCAUGGAGACGAUCAAAGCAGAGAGCCACAACCAGAAAAAGCUUCUUCACAUCGCCAUGUUCCCAUGGCUAGCCUACGGCCAUCUCAUGCCGUUUCUUCAACUGUCCAAGUUCCUAGCUCAAAAGGGUCAUCGCAUAUCCUUCAUCUCCACCCCUAAAAACCUCCACCGCCUCCCAACCUCCUCAUCCUUAUCCCCACUCAUCAAACUCAUCGAGCUUCCAAUGCCCGUCGUCGAAGGCCUUCCGGAGUCGGCGGAGUCCACCUCCGACGUGCCCAUCAACAAAGUCCCGUACCUGAAAAAAGCCUACGACAAGCUCGAGCUCCCUCUCACGCAUUGCCUCGAAGACUUGGAGGUGAACUGGAUCGUCAUCGAUUUCGCGUCCCACUGGCUUCCCCGAGUCGCGACUCGGCUGGGGAUCAACUCGGUUUACUUCACCAUUUUCAAUGCUACCACCAUGGCCUUCUUGGGCCCGCCGUCAGAGAUACUCGGUGGCGAACGCCAGCAGCCUGAGGACUUCACUGUAGUCCCCAAAUGGAUCGACUUCCCUAAUUACGACGUCAAGUUUAAGCUGCACGAGGUGAUCACUCACUGGGAGUGCAUGGAGGAAGAGGUCUCCGAUUUCCAGAGGAUCGCUGCCGGAAUUCAGGGUUGCGACUUUGUGGCCACCAGGACCUGUCCCGAGUUUGAUGCUGACUCACUGAGUUUGUUGAAUAAAUUGUACGGCAAACCUGUGGUUCCACUCGGGUUGUUGCCGCCGCCGGUGUUAACGGACGCCGACGGUGCUGACGAAUCAGAAGGUGACAAGUGGAGAAGUUUGAGAGAGUGGCUUGAUAACAAGAAAGAGAAGUCGGUGGUUUACAUUGCACUGGGGACCGAGGUCACUCUCAGUCGAGAAGCGAUGCACGAGUUGGCACGCGGGAUAGAGAAAUCCGGGUUGUGUUUUAUUUGGGUGUUAGGCAAUCGUCAAUUAGUCGCCGAAGGACCGGAUAUGAUUCCGGUCGGGUUUGAGACCCGAGUUGGGGACCGGGGUUUGGUGUCCAGGGGUUGGGCUCCACAACUUAGGGUCUUGGCCCACUCGUCGAUUGGGGGUUUCUUGACUCAUUGUGGUUGGAGUUCAGUGAUUGAGGCACUUGAGUUUGGUCGGGUCUUGAUUUUAUUUUCUGGGGCGAGUUCAGACCAAGGGUUGAUUGCGAGACUGAUGCACAACAAGCGAUUCGGGUUGGAAAUACCAAGAGAUGAUCGAGAUGGAUCAUUUAGUAGUGAAGCAGUGGCCGAGUCGAUUAGACGAGUCAUGGUGGACAGAGAAGGUGAGACACUCAGGAAAAAUGCCUGGGCCAUGAGAGAAAUUUUCGGUAACUUGAACUUGAACAACAAGUAUCUAGAUGAGUUCGCUAAGGUCCUCGAAACAUGGCCGACUUCAACAUCUUAAUAAUAACCUCAUAUGGGAGUAUAAAAGUGCUCGAAAUGUUUUUAGGGCUGUCGUUAUUGUCAAUAAAAAUAUGUAUUGUAUUGUUUGAGAUUAAUAUUAUAAGAGUAUUGCAUGUUUUAGAUC